GUACAUUAUCCUUUUCUAACUUUCUACCUAUCUAUCAAAUUAUCCCUAUCAGUGUAACAUUAAAAUUAGGUAUAGAUGGGCCAAAUUUAUAAACGACUUUUCCAAUAUUUAAUGGCAAUUGUUAACUUAUGACAUCGUCACAUAUGGUGGCCACAAUUUUUUGAUUGGUAGAAGGUUUCCACUGAGUCUAUAAUGCAUUGUUGUCCAAAAUUGACAUAUGUUCAAUGUUUUGUUUAUACGGCAUUGUAAAUACUGUUUGAGGUUAUGUAAUUCAUGUUUAAGUUAGGUACUGAUAGGAGAACAUCAUCACACCUCAAACCACAGGUGAAUGUAUUAAUGUGUUUUUCCGAUGAUUUAAAAGCAAAUACUGUGAGUAAUAAUAUAGAAAACUCAGAUAAUUGAAGAUGAAUUGGAAGCAAUUGGGUCCUGCCUAUCUUUCUGGUAUUUGUGGAGCUGCUGGUAGUGUAUUGGGAAAGCUUUCUGGGUUGCCUAUAAUCGAAGACUACAUUAUUUUGAGGAUUGUAUGUGUAAUCUUGAUGGUCGUUGUGAAUACUUACGUAUUGACUCUUUUCAUGCGAGCACUUCAUCAAUGUGGAUCGACAUUAUUGGCCACAGUCGUCACGAAUGCAUCCAGUUUUGUGUCUUCUGCACUCUUGGGUUAUUUAUUUUUUGAUGAAACCUCUUCGUUUCUAUGGUGGCUUGGACUUCUCUCAAUUAUGAGUGGAUUAUUUUUGAUAGUUCGAGACCAAAAACCCGAAAAUGAAAAUAAAAUGAUGACAUCGGAAAAGGAUAAACAUUCUUGAAUGAAUAGAAAUAGAUAGAAAAGUUUUAUGUAUUAUUAUCAUAUCAAAAAUUAUUCGUAUCUCAGAUUCUUACAUAGAACAUUUGAGACUGAUAAUAAUAAAUAAUAAUGAAAACCUCA